AUGAAGCUCGCUGGUGCUUUGGUGCUCCUCGGGGCUGCCCUACUCCUGACUUCAGAGGGAGAUUGUGGCAUUUGCCCAGCUAUAAAAGCGGAUGUUCAUCUAUUUCUUUACGGGACCCCAGAAGAGUAUACUGACUAUGUGAAAACAUACAAUGAUGACCCUCUCGUAGUGGAAAAUACUAAAAAACUCAAGAUAUGUAUCGAUAGGAAGUUGACUGAGGAAGACAAGGCAAAUGCAACCACCUUCAUUGAAAAAGUAGAUGUGAGCCCAAUAUGUUGA